ACGGAGGGGGCUGGCGGAGGCGUUUCCGGCUGAUUGUGGUCAAGAAGCGUCCUGUUAGUCAUAUACAGGUUGAAAAGUGUAUAGCCUCAUAGGUCCUUUACUGUCCAGGUUUCUUCUUCUUGAUGUCACCGGUUAAAGUGCAAUCUGACAAGCCAAAAAAGAUGCUUGGGCUGUGGAAUGUUACUGGAUGAGACUCCGCUUUUUGACCCCACUCUUCUCCAGGAACUGGAUUGGAGUAGCAACACUGUCCCAUUCUCUCCUCCCAUUUCCCCAGCCCAGCCUGGAGAGGGUCUCAUUCUCCGUCCUCUUCACACUGCAGACCUCAACCGAGGAUACUACAAACUUUUAUCUCAGCUCACUUUAGCAGGUGAUGUCACACCAGAACAAUUUAUCAAGAAUUUUGACCACAUGAGGAAAACCGGUGAUUAUUUUGUCAUUGUCGUGGAGGACAGAAAUCUUGGGCAAAUCGUUGCAACAGCAACACUCAUCACGGAACACAAAUUCAUUCAUUCGUGUGCGAAGAGAGGUAGAGUGGAGGAAGUGGUUGUGAGUGAUGUGUGCCGAGGAAAGCAGCUAGGGAAGCUCUUAGUGUCAACUCUUACACUUCUAAGCAAAAAAUUGGAUUGUUACAAAAUAACACUGGAGUGUGCUCCUAAUAAUGUGGCAUUUUAUAAAAAAUUUGGCUAUCAUGCCUCAGAAGAGACGUAUAUGCAGUGUCGCUUCUUUGAAUGAGAGCAGCUGAAGACUGCCGUCCGGCUUGAACUGUGAAGACCAGUCAUUGACACACGUGUGAGAAGGAAAAAGCAAAACCAGGAAUUUGGGUUACUCUAUGUGCUUUAUCACAGUUUGGUUAUUGGUAAUUAUUUAGAGUAUAUUUAUAUUUUGGAAUUAAUGAAUAUAUUUAAUAUUAAUCUGAAAUGAUCAUGGAGAAAUAAAGGUAAAAAAUUUUACAUCAACAAAUUUUUUGCCUUCUAAAUUUUUGGGUAUUGUUAAUGUCAAAAUGUCUUAAAGAAAUUUACAUAUAAUGACUUUACAGUAUUUUCCUUAAUUAUGCCAGUACAUAGUCAUAGUUUUUUAAAAUUGAAUGUUUGUACCGGUUUUGUAUAUUUUUCAUGAUCCAAAAUGGACCACAUAUGAAAAAUGGAAAAACAGUGCAAGAUAUUAUUCAGUCGUUAAACAAAUUAUCAAAUGGACACCUCAUGAAACACUUCAGAUGGGCUGUUUGAGUAGAUUUUGACACUGGAUAUUAAUUUAAGCUUAGCCCCCACCCCCAGAUUGGUAAUUUGAACAAGCCCCAUUUUGUAUAUUUUGUUGUUUCUUGAGACUUUGGGAUAUAUUUGUGCUAUGGCAAUUUUAACCUUUUUUUUAAAAAAUCAAAUAAAAAUGGCUUUGGGAUGAAAAGUAAAACUUUGUUAAAGGAAAGCUUUAAAUGUCUAUCACUUCAGUGAUUCAUUUAGUGACACUUUUACAUGCAUAGAUAUUUAAAAAUGGAGAGCUCAUUCUCUUGAGGACUGUGGAAGACUAACUUUGGGAUCCCAAUUAAUUGUACAAGCAUUAUUUUCAGAUGCUCCAACGUAAAAAUGUCAGAGCAUUGAUAUUAAUGGUUGUAUAUAUUUUUUGGUGGGAUAUGGUGAAGAUUGUCAUGCUGUUAUUACUUAAAUGAAUUGCACUUGUGUGAGGCUUAUUAAUGGCUUAUUUAACAGGUACUUUAUUCAGCAUUUUCUUGUUCAUUUAUUCCAUAUAUUCAAAUUACAAGUCUUAACUGGAAAAAAAUAUCAUUUUUUCAAUUCUGAUGGCUACAGUUAAUUUUCGGUUUAACUACAUAUUUUCAGAAGUUGCAAGUGAAUCUUGUAGCAUAGUCCAUAAUCUGUGAAUGAUCCUAUGACAGUUCCAAAAAUAGAGGGAAAUGGUCAUUUUAUCUUGUAUGUGUUUAGGGGUUGAUACCUGGAGAUUAUUUAAAAUAAAGUUGUAAAAAAGAAGUGACUAAAAA